AUGCGCUUAUUGGUGUUUAAUGUUCGUAUCACUUUUUCUUCGUUUCUCUCUCUCUCUCUCUCCCUCUUUUUGUUUUGUCUUGUGUGUUUUGCAAGGGUCGCGGCUCAGACUGCUCGGCUACCGGUGUUUCUUCUCCCAUAUUUUCCCGUGCCACUUGUAAACAACACCCCCGCGAGGGCGGAGCGCAUCCAAAUAACCGGGACAGUGAAUAUGGAGAAAGUAAAGCGACAUCUUUGCUCCUGUGGUGCAGAUUACAUCAUACCCAAAAUCUGCGAGUUUCCUGAAAGCUGUGCUACGGCCGAGCUUGCUGCCGAGCGGCUUUCCUGCAGUCCUUCUAUGAUUGCAAAGAGUCUCAGCUUUACGCUGAUGGGGAAGAAGAGGGGCGUGGAUUGUAUACCUAUCGUCAUACUCGUCUCGGGUGAUGCGAAGGUGAACAACAACAAAUACCGUAACAAGUUUGUCCGUCGUCCCGUGUUGAUUAGGCGUGAGGAGGUUGAGGAGUUGGUUGGAUUCGCACCGGGCGGAGUUUGCCCCUUCGGCGUGAAUGAAAAUGUGCGGGUAUACUUGGAUAUCUCACUGCGUCGUUUUGAGACGGUACACGUGGCAGCUGGCACGGCGAACAGCACCGCCCCGAUGAGCAUCAAAGAGCUGGAGCGUUUCUCGGGCUUUGUCGAGUGGGUUGAUGUCUGCGACGGGUGGACGGAAUAA